UUAUAACUCUUCCGCCACGGCAGGAUGUGGAGCUGUGAGGAAGGAAAGCGGGAGGCAACAAGCGCGCCUGCUUGACUUUCAGCACAGUUCAGAGAAGCUGAUGUUGUUGCUGUUGAGAGGAGGCAUUUUCACCAUUUGAGGUGAUCUAAUCUGUUUAGUAAAAGUGAAGCGGCUUGGCUCUGUAAAACUAACCAACUUAACCUGCGGGCUUUGAAAAUGAUGCGUGGCAUUUUAACAGGUUGGCAUCGUUGGAUUUUUGGAUUCAUAACACUAGAUAUGUUAUUUGUCUCCCUGGCUGAGUCUGAGGGAAAUACUCUGAAAUACCAGACCAAAGAGGAGCGAAGUCCAGGAACAGUGAUCGGAAACCUGGCCAAGGACAUGUCCUUGAGUCGCUCUUUUAGCUCCAAGACUAAUUUUAGAAUGAUGAAAAAAUUCAACAAUUCUUUUGUCAGGGUGAGAGAAAGCGACGGGGAGCUUACUGUCGGGGAAAGGAUUGACAGAGAGAGAAUCUGCAGGCACACUUUACAGUGUCUCAUCACUUUUGAUGUUGUCAGCUUUUCAAAAGAGAGGUACAAUUUGAUUCAUGUCGAAGUGGAGGUAAAAGACAUUAAUGAUAACUCUCCGGAGUUUCCAAACAAGGAAUAUACAGUGGAGAUCUCUGAAAAUGCUGAUGUGGGGUUCCGUAUUUCUUUGGACCCAGCCGAGGACGCAGACGUUGGAUCAAACUACAUCCAAAGCUAUCAAAUUUCUGUCAACAGUCAUUUUUCCAUUGAUGUGCUUUUGAGAGCAGAUGGGGUUAAAUAUGCGGAGUUGGUGCUAAUGAAAGAGUUAGACAGGGAGACUCAGUCAUCUUAUGCGAUGGAGCUUAUUGCCACCGACGGAGGAAACCCAUUUAGCUCGGGUUCAACAAAAAUAACAAUAAAAGUGACAGACUUUAAUGACAACCGUCCUGUUUUUGACCAGAAUAAUUUCUCGGUCACUUUGCCCGAGGACGCACCGGUUGGAUUCGUUUUAUUGGACUUAAAUGCAGUUGAUCCAGAUGAGGGUUUAAACGGAGAGGUGGUCUAUGGAUUCGGAAAACAGGUUUCUGCGGAGAUCCGAGCACUUUUCGAAGUGUACAGUAAAUCCGGGCGCCUAACACUCAAGAACCCAGUGGAUUUUGAGACCAAGAAAACAUAUGAGUUAGACGUGCAGGCGACUGAUCUAGGAGCCAACCCGAUCCCCACUAUCUGUAAAAUAAUAAUUAAUGUCAAAGACGUUAAUGACAAUGCCCCAGAAAUAAGUAUUACGCCAAUGACCUCCAUCUCAACGGGCAUCGCAUAUAUCAGCGAGACCGCAGACAAGGACAGCCUAGUGGCGCUGAUCAGCACCGCGGACAGGGACUCGGGCGUUAACAGCCAGGUCCAUUGCACCUUAUAUGGGCAUGACCAUUUCAAACUUAAACAGGCCUAUGAGGACAGCUACAUGAUUGUCACCGCAGCAGCCCUGGACAGGGAGAAGAUAAGCGAGUACAAUUUAACUGUGAUGGCUGAAGAUUUCGGGUCACCUCCAUUGAGAAAAAUCACACAAUACACCAUAAGGCUAAGCGACGAGAAUGACAACGCCCCACACUUUACUAAACAUGUCUAUGAAGUUUCUGUCGUAGAAAAUAAUGCACCAGGGGCAUAUAUUACAACUGUUGAGGCCAGAGAUGCAGACUUGGGGACUAAUGGCAAAAUUACAUACAGACUAUUAGACAGUGUUAUAAUGGGAUCACCUGUCAACACGUUUGUAUCUCUAAAUGCAAUCUCUGGUUCAAUAUAUGCACUGAGAAGCUUCAACUAUGAAGUCAUGAAACAUCUGGAGGUACYCAUCCAGGCAAGCGAUGGGGGGUCACCCCAGCUUCAGAGCAGUGCCAUCAUCAAUCUAAAAAUAGUUGAUCAGAAUGACAACGCUCCGUCCAUCACGGAGCCCAUCCUUAAUAAGGGAUCUGCUGAGGUUUUCCUGCCCAAACAUGCACCUGCAGGUUAUGUUGUAACCCAGAUAAAGGCCACGGAUGCUGAUGAAGGCAUAAACGCGCAGCUGUCUUACAAUAUCACAGAGGGGGGACACUUGGGUUUCUCCAUUAACAAGGUUACUGGGAAGUUACAUGUGAGUUGUGAGCUGAACCACGACCUGUCUGAAACACUGAGAGUCCUUGUGGCUGUCAACGACAAUGGAACACCUUCUCUGACCUCCACAGCCACUAUACACCUCACUCUCAUCGAAGGCACCCCUCCCAGUGUUCCUGCUAUGGUCCAAAACGACAGCGAGGAAGUCUUUCAAUGGGACAUGUCCAUAGCCAUUAUCAUUGCCUUAGCAGGGAGCUGCUCCCUCCUCUUGCUAGGCAUCAUCCUGAUCACUACCACCUGCAGUCGACACAAACGGGAGAAGAGAGAGGCGGGAUGCAAUGACAAAGUAGACAUACAACAUGUGGAGAAUGGGGAGAGCAGCCAUAUUGAUUCAUUGAUCACCAACCACAAAAGCAAUGCGUUUGAUGUGCACCCUUUUCCUGAGAAAGCACUGUUGGCCUCCAGCAACACAAUAAAAACAGRCCCAGGUGAUGGCAGGCAAGAACAAGAGUGUGACUUUGACAAUAGGAUAAUGGAGAGUAAAUUAGAGGGUUAUUCAACACUGCCCGGCUAUAGGAAAGAAACCCUCCGACCCAUAACCAUAUGGAAGGGCAACUCAUUCACAACCAUCUCAGCCAGAGAUCCUCAGUUCAGUGGGAAGGACAGUGGGAAAGGAGACAGUGACUUUAAUGACAGUGACUCUGACAUCAGUGGAGAUGGACACAAAAAAGACUCCCCACCGAUAAACAGUCUCUGGGCCUGCACCAGUGAGUGUAAAAUCCUAGGCCACUCAGACCGAUGCUGGAGCCCUUCAGCCUCUAGACCCAACACCAGCCUCUCCCACGGACCACACCUCUCAACRUUCUCCAAGACAGCCUCGUUGCCACGAAACACUCUGCAAAGAGACACCUACUACCAACAGGCUCACCUACCCAAGACCAACGGUCUGCAAAGCGUCUAUGAAAAAGUCCAGCACCAAGAAUUUGAUUAUAUUCUGGUUUGUCCACCAACACCAGCCAGGAUACUAGAGACUGGUGAGAUAUCCCUCCCGGAGUAUGGACACUCUUAAAUUAAAUGGACAAUAAUCAAAGCUAAUGUAAUGAGUCAUAUGCAUCUUUAAAUACUGUAUAGCCUAUUGUUUCAAUGUUAGUGUUACGGUAAGUGUUUUGUGUGAUUGUUCCCAUAUACUGUAUACUGUAUGACUGUUUAUUGUAUAACGUGUCAUAUGCAAGAUUUUAUAAAUGAAGAAUAUAUUUUUUCAUAAUGAUUCAAUGUAAACUACAAAUGUAUUAUAAAUUUGGAAGAGCAUGUUUGAACUUUUACUAUUUAAAAGCAUGGCCAUUGGACCUUUAGGCUGAAAGAACCCUUUGUCAAGUGGGAAACAAUCAAUAUCAAAAUAUGAACAUGUUUGUAGUAAAUUUUGUCACUAAGUCGCACAAAUAAAUAUUUGAAACCAAA